UCUGUCACGAAAUAGAGAAAAUAAAGAGAUAUUGCUUCGACGGGAAACGAGAAUUAGCUGGUGUUUUCUUUCAAUAAUUUUGUAUGAAUCUUUCAAUUGGUAGAUUGAAUUACUUCAAAAUGUUGGCCUCGGCUAAAUGGGUGCAAUCCGCGGUUUUGAAUUUGCGAGGUAUUUGCAGCUCGUCAAAUAGACUAAGCGAUAAUCUAUUUGUUCAUCGCGAUACUCCCGAGGAUAAUCCGAAUAUACCAUUUCAGUUUACCGAAGAAAACAAAAAGAGAGCUAAAGCUAUUCUCAACAUUUACCCCGAGGGCCACAAGCGCGGUGCUAUGAUUCCCUUGCUAGACCUGGCUCAAAGACAACACGGGUGGCUCCCAAUUUCUGCAAUGCAUAAAGUAGCCGAGAUGUUGGAUUUACCAAAUAUGAGAGUUUACGAGGUAGCUACUUUCUAUACCAUGUUCAUGCGGAAACCUACCGGAACUUAUCAUAUACAAGUGUGUACCACAACCCCUUGCUGGCUUCGUGGUUCUGAUGAAGUUCUGAAUACAUGCAAGAGCAAGCUAGGCAUUGGAGUUGGAGAGACCAGCAAAGACGGAAAGUUUACUAUCUCUGAGGUGGAGUGUUUGGGAGCAUGUGUCAACGCACCAAUGAUUGCAGUUAACGACGAUUACUAUGAAGACUUAACGGCAAAGGAUACCGAAGAGAUUCUGGACGAUUUGAAGCAAGGUAAAGUUCCCAGGCCUGGACCGAAGAAUGGUCGAUUCGCAUCAGAGCCCGCCGGGGGAUUGACGUCCCUGAAAACUGAACCGAAAGGUCCGGGAUUUGGACUGCAGGCAGGACUCUAGGUUUUCGAUAGUGAACAUGUACUUGGAUGAGCAAUGAUGCUUGCUAUUGAUGGCUUCAGUAAUAUGUUGUUGAAAAUUA